AUGUGUGGUGAACAUUUUCGCGCCAUAAUUUAUUACAACUUUCAGAGACAAUUAUUGCAACAAGAAUGCCUUGCUGAGUUACUGUCUGUUUUCGGCAACGAAGCGCCACCAAAAACGGCAUCAUUGAAGAUAGACAUAGCAGAAAUCUGGUGUCAAAAAACGCUUGACCGUUUCAAUUCCGGAAACUCAAAAAAUGUGUACAGUAUUGUUAGUAGUGGUGAUGAAUCGUGGAUUUACUGUUAUGAACCAGAAAAUAAACGACAGUCGGCUGUUUGGGUGUUUCAAGGUGAAGAAAAGCCAACAAAAGUCAUCCGUUCUCGAAGUGUUUCGAAAAAGAUGGUCGAGACAUUUGUGUCAAAAGCGGGUCAUAUUGCAACAAUUCCUCUUAAUGAGCAAAGAACUCUUCGAAAAAUCAACCACGAAAGAAGAAUCAUCCUCCACCAAGACAAUGCAAGCUCGCACACAGCCCAAAAAACAAGGCAGUAUUUAACGGAAGAAAACGUGGAAUUAUUGGACCAUCCUCCAUAUAGUCCUGAUCUAAGUCCUAACGAUUUCGUUACUUUCCCGAAAAUUAAAAACAGACUGCGUAGUCAAAGGUUCCAGUCACCAGAAGAAGCAGUUGACGCAUUCAAAAAUGCCGUUUUGGAUCUGCCAGCUAACGAGUGGAAAAAGUGCUUCGAAAAUUGGUUCAAGCACAUGCAGAUGUGUAUUAAUCUUCGUGGGGGAUACUUCGAAAAACAAUUAAGUCAUUUAAAACUACCUACCGUGUUGUUUUAUUUCCAUAUGCAAAACUUAAAAGUCAUCCCUCGUAUCGUCAAACAAAAUUCUCCCAGCAAUAAAAAUAAGUAG